AUGGCGCUUUUGCCAUCACUCGUGGUCUUUGGCCCUCAAAGCAAGAAGCCCAGAGAUCAGGCGCUUGGAAAAAUUCGUUCCUUCAUCCGUCAAGAUGCGGCGCUGCGCCCUGUGGUCGACGCCGUCAGUGAUCUUCCCAAGCUCUGGCCUUUCUUUUCCGCCAAUGAUCCUCGCGUCUUGGAGUUGGAUCCUGGACUCGAGGGUUUACAAGCACUGUCAGAUUGGAUCGCGACGGGCGAAACAUCCUUGCUAUCCAACUCAACGUCUGGCAUAGUGGCACUUCCAUUGCUUGCCAUUGUUCAAAUCGCCCAGUAUUUCCAGCUACUCAGGAAACAUUCAAUCAACCACGAGGAUCUUAUUCGAGCGACGGCCAACGGCGCUGGAUUCCAAGGAUUUUGCACCGGCUUUUUGAUGGCAGUAAUUGCUUCAGGCUCCUUAAGUGAAGAAGACCUGGCACAUAAAUUUUGCAAUGCUGUUCGCCUCGCGGUGGGCAUUGGCAUCUACAGUGAUCUAGGUGUUGUUGGAGAAUCAAAUGAGCAAACCACCCUGGUCGUGCGUCUCAAAGUCAGGAGCCAAGCGCAAGAGAUCGUUGAUUACUGUCCCAGCGUCCGUAUUGCUGCUGUAAUCGAUAUGCAAACAAUCACUGUGAUAAGCCCCGCAUCCGCCCUCACGUCGCUAAAAGCCUACAUCACACUUCAUGGGCUUACGACUCUGCCCGUGCAUCUAAGCGGCAAAGUACACAACCCAGACAAUACUGAUCUUGCUGCGAAGCUGCGGAGUCUUUGUCUCCAGAAUCCAUUAUUGAUGCUUGAAAAUGCGUCGUGCAUCCAAACAAAAGUGAGGUCGAAUGCAUCCGGACGAUUGAUGCCCGAAGGAUCAGCGACCGAUCAAGUGAUAGAUACCAUACUCACCUCUACAUGUCAAUGGCACGACAUCAUGACUACGGCAGCGCAAGAGCUCAUGCACACUGGCCGAGGGUCCCAUACAAUCGCUGUCUUUGGGCUCGCCGACUGCGUCCCACUCACCACAUUUCAUGACGCCGGAUUGGAAAUCAUCAAGAUCGUGGGUGAAGAACUGGCGGAGAUACCUACGCUCGCUCCCUUGCCAGCUGAAACAGCCAAAUACCCCACUCGGGCCCCAUCAGUCGAGGCUAUAGCUGUUGUCGGUAUGGCAUGUCGCGCGCCUGACGCUGAUAAUGUCGAAGAGCUUUGGGAUAUCAUAUCCUCAGGCAGGUCCACAAUGGUGGAAGUACCUAAGACGCGCAUUGACAUACACGGCGGAUAUCGUGUCUCACAAGAUACCAAGUGGAUUGAAGGUCGUAGAUUCUACGGUAAUUUUGUUUCAGACAUUGAUGCUUUUGACCACGCCUUCUUCUCUGUGAGCUCUCGUGAAGCCCUGGCUUUGGACCCGCAGCAACGUUUGCUCCUGGAAACAGCUUUUCAGGCCGUCGAGUCGAGUGGCUACCUCCGGAAGCACCAUCGAGAGGAUGGCGACAACGUCGGUGUUUACAUCGGAGCCAGUUUCAUAGACUACGAAGAGCAGUCGUCUAGUCAUCCUCCCUCCGCAUAUACCUCCACGGGCACAAUUCGAGCAUUUCUUUGCGGUAGACUCAGCUAUUUUUUCGGUUGGUCAGGACCGUCAGAGGUCAUAGAUACGGCAUGUUCGUCUUCUUUGGUUGCCGUAAAUAGAGCGUGCAAAUCUCUCCAAGCGGGAGAAUGCUCCAUGGCUAUCGCAGGAGGGGUCAACCUUAUGACGACAGCAACCGAAUUCCUGAACCUGGGGAAAGCCGGCUUCCUGAGUCCCACAGGGCAAUGCAAGCCAUUUGGUCAAGCAGCGGACGGAUACUGCCGUGGCGAAGGAGCAGGAGUUGUGGUACUCAAACGUCUCACUCAGGCCCAGAUGAAUGGCGAUAAAAUUCUUGCAGUUAUUCCUGGUAUAGCCACAAACCAAGGCGGUCUUUCCGCAUCGAUCACGGUACCGCACUCACCAUCUCAGGUAGCACUCUACAAAGAAAUUUUGCGUCAGGCGGGUAUGCAGCCUUCUCAGAUAAGCUACAUUGAAGCGCACGGAACGGGGACUCAAGCCGGCGAUCCACUCGAGAUCGAUAGUAUUCGGCAGGUAUUUGGAAGCAGCCAAAGAAGCAGUACGGUGGAGAUCGGCUCAAUCAAAGCUAAUAUUGGGCACCUUGAAACAGCAGCCGGCGUCAUCAGCUUGAUAAAAGGUAUCCUGAUGCUCAACAAGAACAUCUUACCUCCCUUGGCAAAUUUUGGAGUUUUGAACCCCAAAAUAGCGGACUUGGCGAAAGACCGAAUGGCUAUUCCCACAUCUGCGAAAGCAUGGGAGUCUCAUUCUCGGACCAUGUGUGUCAAUAGCUAUGGAGCAGCUGGCAGCAACGCCGCCUUAGUGCUAUGUCAAGCCCCGGAAAAUACCAAACAAUCCACAUCCCAGUGCGCGAAAGAUACUCUGUUUCCAUUGAUCAUUGGAGCACAAAGUAAGCAAGGAGUACAACGAUACGCAGAAAUCUUGAAAGGUUUUCUCGGAAUCCGGGAAAAGCGUUGGGCAAUGGGUGAUAUAGCGUUAUCAUUGGAGAGAAGACACAGAAAGCAGCGUUUCUUUUGGACUUCUACAUCCUCGACUAAGGAGGCCCUGAUGCGCUCGCUGGAUCUGAGUGAGGAAGACAUUGCAGAGACGCCAACAGAGUCCAAAAAGGUUGUCUUGGCAUUUUCCGGUCAAAGUCGAAGGAACAUUGGCUGCGAUAAAAGCCUCUUCGACUCUUGUCAUAUCUUUCGAUCCAUCGUCCAUCGAUGCGAUAGCGAGAUAGUUCGUCUUGGCUUUCCAAGUAUUCUCCCUUCACUGUUUGACGCAAAUCCAGUAUCCGAUGUCAUAGUGCUUCAAAGCGGCACCUUCGCAUUACAGUACGCAUGUGCCAAAUCAUGGAUGGAAUGUGGUCUCAAAGUCGACGCUGUGGUCGGGCACAGUUUCGGCGAGCUGACGGCAAUGGCCGUAUCUGGAGUCUUGUCACUCGAAGACGCCCUCAGGUUUGUUACCUCUCGGGCGGUACUCAUGAAAAAGCACUGGGGAGCAGGAUGCGGAUCAAUGGUUGCCAUUCAUGCGAACGUUAGAGAUGUCACACGUAUGGUCGAUUCCGUAUCGCUUGACGAGGGCCCUGUGGACAUUGCUUGCUACAAUUCGCAAGCAAGCCAGGUUGUUUCGGGCUCUGAAGCAGCGAUAGCCAGGGUUUUGGCGUCUAUCAGCAGCGACACCAAAUACCAAAGGCUUGAUGUCAGUUACGGCUUUCAUUCUCGGCUUUGCGAUAGUCUGUUGGAAGAGUUGAUGGUGGUCGCUCGAUCUUUGACGUUUCGUCGACCAGAGAUUUUGCUCGAAAGCUGUACCAAAGAGGGCAUAGAUGCCAUCUCUCCUCCCAGACUCGUCCAGCAGACCAGAGAACCAGUUUUCUUUCUCUCGGCUAUUCAAAGACUGGAAGCGAAGCUCGGCCAUUGUGUAUGGCUUGAGGCUGGCGCCGGAUCAUCAAUAACUCAGAUGGUAAAGCGUGCGACUUCAAGUCCGGCAGAUCACCAUUUCCAAGCCUUGACUCUUCGGGCUGGACUGGAUGGCACGUCGCAGCUUUCCGAAGUCACAAUCCAAUUAUGGCGACAAGGUCUCUCGCCAACCCACUGGACUUUCCAUUCACCUCAUAAGAAUUCUCUUGAGCAAAUGUGGCUUCCACCGUAUCAGUUCGAGCGAACUAGACAUUGGCUUCCCUACGUCGAUCGAGCUAUGGAGAUCUCGAAAAAUCAAACAGUAAUUGAUAGUACGAGAUUGGGAAGCCAGACGACCCGUAUACCGGUGGAGUUGGUGACUCCUGGUGACUCCGAAGACAAAUUCAUGAUUAACACAGCGUGCCAAUAUUACCAGGCUUUAGUUUCUGGCCACGCAGUCCUCCGGCACCCUCUCUGCCCUGCAUCAAUGUAUAUGGAAUGCGCUACUAUGGCGGCGCAAAGCUCGAGUGGGUCCAUGCAAGGGAAGUCUCUUUGGUUCAAAGACUUAACCAUUGACGCGCCCUUGGGAAUCGAUGCUGGACGCGCCGCAAUACUUGUCUUGGAAAAACAAAGCAAGGAACAGGAUUGGACAUUCUCGGUGACCAGUUCGCCGAAGAAUGACCAAAGAAGCAAAACGACAUCUCAUGGAAAAGGCCGCCUUGGCUUCAAGCAGCCGGGAACCGACAAAGGGGCGCAGACACAUCACUAUGAGAGGCUGAUGAAAGACCGUAUCUAUUCAAUUCGUGCGGCAAGCGGCACCGAGACUCUAAAGAGUCACCGAAUAUACGGUAUGUUCUCUCGUAUAGUCAAUUACGGGACCAUCUUGAAGGGCAUUACAUCAAUCACACUUGCCGGAAGAGAAGUUGUGGCGGAGGUGGAAGUCCCUUUAAGUGUUUCCGACCAGGCGAGUAGCGCAAGGUCGAUUUGUGAUACCGCCACGUUGGACAACUUCAUCCAAGUUGCCGGUCUGAUGCUCAAUACAAGCGAUGACUGUGAUGCCGAAGAGGCUUUCCUAGCCGUAGGGGUCAAGGACAUGUUUGUUUCUGCUGGCUCCAACCUUGCAGAUAGUAGGUCCUGGACAAUCUACGCUUCAUACACGCUAAUCGAUGAUUCCCGAGCCUGUGCAGACGUUGCCGUCCUGUCCAAAGAUCAGACACUCGCAGUAACGAUCAAUGGCAUUCAAUUUGCGAAGCUCUCGUUCAAGAGGCUCCAAAAACUUCUCGAGUCCGCAAACAAAGGGCAUGACGUGGAUACUGUCAAGCCCAAGGUCGAAAUCGUACCGUCCCAAACGCCCAUGGCCUCAUCGGGAUCCGAACCAGUCUCAACCUCUGGCGAGCCUGCACAUAUCGAUGGGCAACUAGAAGACCUGCUCGCUUCGAUCCUUGAGAUCUCCGAUGGAGUCAUACCGGCAGACGUCGCUAUGGGCGAACUCGGCCUAGAUUCUCUCGCAGCAGCUGAAUUAGCAGAUACUCUCCAGUCAGAGUUCAAACUGGAAAGCGACUUGUCUGACCUGCCCGAAAUGACAUACGGAAACCUUCGCAGACUCCUUGGCGCGGAUCCUGAUAGAAAGCCACUCACCCCUGGUUCUACCAAUUCAACCACAUCGUAUGACAAUGGCGGUCAUGGGUCCGGGAAUGCGUUUUCUCCGGAUAGAUACAGCUCCAGCUCCCUGGCACCAGAUACUCAGCCAACCGGGAAAGAUGCAAGGUCUGAGGCGAACGAUCCUGUCUCCAUACUCUCAAGGAGCUCUUUAUCUUUCCAUAGCUUUGCGUCUGAACGGAGUUUUUCUGAUUAUUGGAAUGUCGUCUCACCCAGACAAGAUAAUCUGAUGCUUGCCUACAUCGCAGAAGCAUUCAAAAUCCUGGCAGUGGACUUAUGGGCCAUGAAAACCGAUGAGGAUGUGCCAUCGAUUCAGAUAUUACCGAAACAUCAUCAAUUGCUUCAACGUCUGUGGGAAAUCCUCGAGCGACUCCGCAUUGUUACAUUCAGGGACAAGGCGGUGGUGAGGACAGCUAAAGUCAUUUCGUCAACCCCAGCUGCGACAAUUCUCCACGAACUUGAGAGUGCAUUCCCGGCAUAUGCAGGGGAAUUUAAGCUCAUGUCUCUCACCGGCUGUCGACUGGCGGAAUGCUUAACUGGUAAAGCGGACGCGGCAAGAAUCUUAUUUGCCAGCGCACAGUCACAACAAAUUCUCGGUGAAUACUACACUCAUUCGCCACAGUUGGCAUGCUCAACGGACGUGCUUGUAGAAUUUUUGAGCCAGAUCAUAUCCAGUGAGGGAAAUGGCAGAGGAAUUAGUAUCCUGGAAAUUGGCGGAGGGUUCGGUGGCACUACAACAGCAUUCGUGAAGCUGCUGGGUGCUAUUGAUCGUCACAUAUCUUACACAUUCACGGACAUUUCGCCCAAACUCGUCAAAGCUGCAAAAUUUAAAUUUUCAAUGCACUCCUGGAUAGAUUUCCAAACACUGAACUUAGAGGAAGACCCGUUGCCAUCGCUCCAAGGAAAGUAUGAUAUCAUACUCGGAACAAACGUGGUACAUGCGACAUCGGAUGUCGUCAAGACUUGUUCACGGAUCAAGUCGCUCCUACGAGAUGAAGGCAUCAUGGCUUUGUCAGAAGUGACACGCAAGAUCGAUUGGUACGAUAUAGUCUUUGGGCUCUUGGAAGGCUGGUGGUGCUUCAAAGACGGUAGGGAUUAUCCGCUCCAGCCCGCCGAAUACUGGCUCCAGUGCUUGGAACACGCUGGGUUCAAUGGACGUGCAGUCUCCGGAGGCUCUAGCACCGAAGCCAGAACGCAAACUGUUGUUCUUGGAUGUAAAACUUCCCGGCCGCUGCGAAGCAUCAACUACCAGCAUCCAGAACCCUCCGUUGAUAAUAAUCCUGAGAGGCCUACGCAGCAGGUUCCUAGCCCAAGUGACCAUUCAGUUGAUCGGCGCAACAUCGUUGCCAAGAACGCUCGAGAAUUUGAAGUGUCGACGGUGCCCUAUAAGACAGUCGGGGCUCUCUCAAUUCUAGCAGACAUCUACUAUCCACAGUCAAGGGAAAUGAUCAAUGCCAAACCAAUAGGUAAACCAGCGACCACCCUUCAAACCCGUGUCAGAGAAUCUCCCUAA